AUGACAGAAAACGAGGAUUUACUGGCCAAAAUUGGUCAGCUUGCAGGUCAAAUCAACAGACACAAGACCCAAGGCAGCCAGCCAUAUCAACCAUCAGCGCACCAUUCACAACAUGUGUCGCGUCAUUCUCCUGCUCACCAAGGCUGGGCUCCUUACUCUCGAGGCAGAGGCCGUCGUCCUACAGCUCCGCACCGGCACCGCACACUUGUUUUGAAUAAUGGAGGCGCAGGGUCUAACGCCAGUGGUACCUCCUCUCCUGGCCCUGCGAGCGACCAUGAUGGUGAAGCGCGUCCGACACCUAGUUCGACCGGGUGGAUUGCGAAGCGGGAUCGUCACAUGCAGUUGAUCAACUCCGCUGUUUAUGACAAAGAAACCCAGGCUAGAGCAAGGGCCAUGGAAGAGACUCGUAAGCUCAAAGCAGAGCGACGUACUCAACGUGAACAGGCAAAGGUUCUUCGGUAUGCGCAAGGUUCUACAGUCUCGACCCCUGCACAACCCUCCGCCGACCAUCAGAUUCUUGUCAAUGAUAUCCCAUUCAAGGUUAUGCGCGGCGGAAGCAAGCUUGUCAGGGUAUCAGAUAACCCCGCCAAAGCCGAUACCACGCCGAAGCGAGUCACCGUGGCUGGCGUGGCCUUUGUGCGCAGCAAGAACGGCAAUCUGCACCGUCUCGGAGCCGUAACAUCGAAGAAACAACCAACAGCCGUCAAGAAACGCGACGAGCUGUGCAAGCGAUUUACAACGACCGGAACAUGCUACAAAGGACCAUCAUGUCUCUACAUCCACGACCCAAGCAAGGUGGCCAUUUGCAAAGACUUCCUCCAAACGGGCCAAUGCAGCGCCGGUGAGAGCUGCGAUCUGUCCCACGAUCCAUCUCCUCACCGCUCCCCAACUUGUAUGCAUUUCCUUAGAGGCCGUUGCGCAAACCCCGAAUGCCGCUACGCCCACAUCCGCACCACCCCUGGCGCACCCGUAUGUCGUCCAUUCGCAACCCUGGGCUAUUGUGAAGCAGGCGAAACCUGCCCAGAUCGCCACGUGCACGAGUGUCCAGACUACGCGAACACCGGUGCCUGCCACAAGAAGCGGUGCACGUUGCCUCACGUCGACCGCGCUGGUCAGAUCCGCAAGGCGGCCGCCGCAGCGGCGAAGACCGAGCGCUCAGACGAUUCUGAUCCGUCUAGUGAGGAAGAAGAUUAUGACGCCAUUGAUUCUGACGAUGUUGACUCUGACGAAUUUGAUGAGGAGCUCAUUGGAGGUGAGGAUAGUGGCGAGAUGUCGCGGCAGCAGGAUUUCAUCCACUUCUAG